UAGGUGGAUUUUUGUAUGGGUAAGCCAUUUCCCCUCCCCCCUUUAUAGAAUAAAAUAAUAAAUCCGUUCCUAGUUACAAUUUCGGUGUAUUGACAGGCUUGCUUUUGAUGCCUUCGUUUGUUUCAGAUCUUGCUAUCUCUUCAGAAACAGUCAGUUCUGCAUUGAUCAGUACAUUAAUGGCAGGUGCUUUUGUAGGUGCCAUUGUCUCAGGCCCUUUAGCUGAUACGAUUGGAAGAAAGGCACUGAUGGCACUGGGUAUCAUUAUCUUUAUUUUUGGUAAUGUGUUACAGGUGGGAGCUGCAGAUAUCAAGGUCAUGUAUGGUGGAAGAAGUGUGACGGGUGUGAGUUUAGGGUAAAUAAUGACAUGAUUGUUGUAUGAUGACUAACGCAUUCUCUAUAGCAUUCU